AUGGUUGAAGUGGUGAGGAACUUUGAGGCAGUGAAGAAGCGAUGGAUGUUGGCUGAGGCGGAGCUGAAGAAAUACAAAGAGCUGCUGGUAAAGUCUGAUGUGGCCAAAGCUGCUCUGGAGGUGAAACUAAAACACGCUCGUAAUCAACUGGAUGUGGAGAUGAAGAAACGUUACAAGAUGGAGGCUGACUACCAGUAUUUGCAGCGGCAGAUGCAGCUCAUGUGCGAUAUCCUCGUCCACGACAGUAAAUCGAGUUCGUGUCUGAACGACGAGCAGAAAUCUCUGUUAGUGACGUUCGAACACAGAGGAGGAAACGUGACUCAGCAGCGGAGCAGCAAAAGGAAAUGGAUUUGUCUCUUCAGGUUGUCGGUGAUUGAUGAGUCGUCGUUCUUGUCUCACUCUGACAUCAGCUACGAUCGGACAGAUGAUGACGUGGAUUUGGACUCGACUGUGGUUAAACCUCUGAGAUCUCGAGUCAGAGAAAAAAGGCGGUCCUCGAUGGGACCUGGUGUUGGCGUUACUGUCCUGAAGCGACGAAGAGGCAGUAACGUGUCCUCAGAGCUGCUCGAGAGGAAAUCUUUAGAGAAGGAGGUCGAGGCGAUCGUGAAGGCGUCGGUGACGACUCCGGACACUGGAGGUCAGAUUCACAUGGUCGUAGGAAUCUCUCAGGAAUCCCCUGAACGUCCAGCACAGAGCGACAGUCAGGAAUGUUCAGUGGUUGGAGAGCAUAUUUAUCAAACAUCGGUGUGGUGUCCCUCUGAAGAGACGAAGCCUGAAUCUGAAGAUCGUUCGUUAGUCACUUCACUUCACAACUACAGAGCUGAAAAAACCCAGAAACAUGUUUUUCUUUCUAAAACGGUGAUCCGACCCGAGACCUGCUCGCCGUGUGGUAAGAGGAUCCGCUUUGGGAAGAUGGCUGUGAAGUGUAGAAACUGUCGCCUGGUCGCUCAUCCAGAGUGCAAACAGAAAUUAAUGAAUGGCUGCUCGGCCACCGCCGCAGGAGCUUCAGCUCCGAUGGAUUCGUUGGAAAGUUUUGCUCCGGUGACUCAUCCCAGAAUACCUCGGUUAAUCCAAGAGUGUGUGACAGAGAUUGAAAGGCGUGGCCUGCAGGAGCGGGGUCUGUACCGUGUCCCUGGCGGCGACCGGGUGGUGAAGGAGCUCAGAGAUCGCUUCAUUCAGGGGAAAACGUCGCUCAUGCUCAGUCACAUUCAGGACGUCCAUGUUGUUUGUGGACUUCUCAAAGACUUUCUGAGGAAACUCAACGAACCUCUGGUGACGUUCAAACUGCACCGCACCUUAAUGGAGGCUUCAGAGCUGUCUGAUGAAGACAACAGCUCAUCCAUCUUUUAUCGGACCAUAGCAGAACUACCCAAAUCCAACAGAGACACUCUGGCUUUCCUCAUGCUUCACUUACACAAAGUGAUAAAGAGCCCUCAGUGUCAGAUGGAUCAGAAUAAUUUGGCGAGAGUGUUUGGACCAACUAUAGUUGGUCAUGGGAUAUCUGAACCGUCGGCAACGACGAUCCUGAGAGACACAAACACUCAACCGAAGGUUAUUUGUCGACUCUUGUCUCUUCCUGAAGAUUACUGGAGGCGUGUCCUGGCUGUUCACUCAGAUCAAAUGUCGUCCUUAUCCUCCACCAAUAAGACUCCCAGUCCGUUGUUUCAACCAUUGACGUCUCCAGAGUUGAACAGUUACUAUAAAAGCAGAGGAUCUGUGAGAGGAAGGAUCAGAAACCCAUUAACUAACACUGGUCGGGUUCCAGCAGGAAGGAAGUUCUUCACUUCACCCAAUUGAUCCAAUCACCUGUGAAAUCGGACCCACUUCAGCCUUUAACCGCUUUAUAUUUCAAAUGAUAUGUACUGAAACCCAGUCACAGACACAUGGUUAUUG